ACUGUAAUUGUCGAUUCAACUGUAAUUGACAUGAACGGCAAGGGCAAGGGAAAGGCCGUCAAGUCCCUUUCAGAUCCUUCGCAAUCUCCCUCCGGUUCUAAGCGGCCAUCUCCUAGGCUUCCAUACGAUGUCCUUAUACGAGUCUUCCAAAUCAUAGGCAAUGACCCACUGUCAAAAUCUGUCCUCUUCAGAUGCUUGAUCCUCGACAAGACGAUUUGCCCUAUCGUCGGCAAGAUACUCUAUCGAUGGUUGAUCUUGCCUGCUGAGCCCAGGCGUCCAUUCAACCCGUUUGAAGUACCUGGUCCAUCGAAACUUCCAGUAAUACUCCAGUCCAAGACAUUUCUGCGUCACGUAGAGACCGUCCAGCUGGGAGCUCCAUUUGGCGAUCGAUUCUGCCGAUUUCUGGCCUACCUAUGCGACAACACCAUACAUCCCUCCAAGGGUACACUGAUACUUGAUUUCGACUUCAAAACCUCAGUCAUCAGCCGCGACCCGUGUUCGAGGGAUCAUUCGAAAUGUAUAGAAAGACUGUCAAAGGCUGGUUGGACGAUCGUUCUGGAUAACCGUUCACUCUGGGACAAUUUUCCGAGACUAUGGCCCGACCCACAUUCGAGGCUCAAACCCAAAGGGACCCUGCUGAUAAAACUCCGCCCUCCUUGGAAGCCUAUGGAGGAUAUCAGAGGGUUGCCGGGAUGGCGGACGAGAUGGCAACGUGAGAUGUACAAUGCAUCUCUCUACUUUGCCAACAUCAUCGUCAUCUUCCACACUUUACAUCCCAACGAGCCUUGGACGCAGUACGAGUGUGACGAACAUUGUAGGAGUCGAGGUCCGAUCCGUCUCCAUGCAACUUGGUUUCCGGACUUUGUGAACGAUCUGGCUAUGCUGGCACACGAAAUCUGUGGCGACGGCAAAUUGGUCAUCGUCAACGCUGGAUCGGUGAAUGUGCCCCGCGACCUCGACUGGGUACGUGAAGCGCAGCAAGACGAGAUGCAACAAAGGCUGUCUGAUGCGUUUUUUGAAAUUGCACAAGGAAAGGGCUUGGAGUCAGUUGCUUCACAGAAUCUCUGGGACAAGAAGCUCGCGUUCAUCACAAUGAGUCAGUAUCUCGCGCAAGAAACAUGGAUUGGUCAGUGGAAGGCAGACGCGGUGGCAUCGUGGCUAAAAGAGACCGAGCUGCAACUACAACCAACAUGGGGCGGAGAUCGAUCGAAAGGGUGUCGGACCUGUGAGAUUCAAGCCAUGAUGGACUGAGUCUGUAAUCAUAGCGUGGGCCGCUCGGCAUGGCUUGACAGAUAAAUGAAUCAUACCCGUAUUAU